AUGGCGGGAAAUUCAAAUUUCGUUGACCCGCUCUCAAUAGCCAACUCUGACACAACGCAGAUUGCAUCCUCAAAUAGCAGUGUCAGGAGAGCUCCCUCACAUUGGCAAAAGCUUAGAAAGCAUGUUUUAGUUGAAGUUCCUUUGCCCAAGAUAACUACUAAUGUUAACAAUAAUGAAGAACAAGAGCCAGAUUCUCCAGUAUCCCCACGUUCAGAUGCUGGCAGUGCCAGCUCUAAGUCGACUACCCAUUCUCGGGCAAAUUCAAAACAUAAUUUACAAGUUAACCCGUUUCGUGGUGUGCUUCGUUUUAAGACAACCGUACAACAACGAACUGACGUAGAUAAAAUGGAAAAAGAUUUAGAAAAACUUUUGAAUCGAAGAUAUGGUGGACACGUUUUUAACAAUAACGCCACAAGUGCCUCGGGUCCUACAGGAAUUGUGGGCCAGAUACCGGUUACAGAAUUAGUUAUGAAAGGUCAUCGCGUGCAUAAAUCUCUGAGCACGCUGGAUGGGGGUUUCAGUGGGAAUGUUGGCGAGCCACAGAAUUAUUUAGGCGAGCUUUUUGAGUUAUUAAAGCGCUGGAAAAAUCUGGUCAAAAUGCCUUCUAGUCAGAUAAUUUUUGCAGAAUUAGCAAAGCCUUUUUUUAACUUUCCAGUUAAUGUGGAUGAUUGCAAUCAAGCAUUAGAUAUUUUUGAAUAUAUCAGAAAUACUUUCCGAAAUCCGGAUCCUAAUGUAUGGAAAAUUCUUGCACUACUUAUAAUAGUCGACGUCUACUUUAACCAAAAAGGGCAAACACCCUCGGAAGGUUACGACGCUAUUAUAACUUUUGUCAAAAUUAUCAAAUGCCAUACGACAUAUGUCAUAAUGGAAAAUUUUGCUCGAAUUCAAUGGUGCUGCAAAUUAUUAGAAACACAUCAUGACGCGAUUAAGGAGCGAGUUUGUACUUUAACUGAAAAUUUGCUCAACAGCACCGCAGCAAAUUCUUAUUUUCCGACUUCAGUUACCGCGAUUCAUGCACUUGUUUACACAUUUGUACAUACAUUAGUGGUAACAUUGCCGACAAAUGUAGGCUUUGAUCGAACAGAUAAAACUAUCCAUCUUCAAAAAAUGGUGAAUGGGUUUUUGGAACGACUUGCAGCUGGGACCUUAGUUUCCAUUGAUCUUGAGGAAAUGUUUAUUGGUAAUGCGCAUGUUCAAAUCCACAAAUACGAUAGUUUAGCCCGAUGUGUAUUCCUUGAAGGAUUGGUCAAAUGCUUAUUAGUCAAAAAUAUGCAAUUACGUAAAUACGUUUUGGCUAAUUUAAUCGAGAAAUAUUGGAUAACACCCGAUCAAACGAUGCAAUCGUUAUAUGAGCAUGUCAUCCGACUUUUUGCACAAGCUGCCUUUGAAAUAUUGGCUGAUACUAAAUCUGGUGAUAUUGGAAUAGAAACACUUUCCUAUUACAUUUUAAAAAUAUUGAAUCAAAGUUUGCCAGCUAAAAAUCUUCGAAACAUUUCAUCUCAUGUUGUAAAAUCGCUAGUAAGUGUAAUUAUAUCUAUAUUCUCUACACAAUCGCAAGAUAGCACCAUUCCGCGAAGUUCUUCGUUAUCAACAUCAACGAUAGAUUUCAAUGCACAAAAUUCAUCAACACUUAAAAGUAGUCCAAUUGAAUCGCAUGCACCAGAAAUGGCUGUCAUAGAUUUGGCCAAAAAAUAUUUCGAAGAUUUAUGGAAUGAAGGUUGGAAAGCAGAAAUAAUUCAGCUCGUGAAAGAAGCGCUUGAGCAAGAUAAUCUUGAAAGGUGUAUCUCUAUAUACAAUCAAUUAGUAUAUGGAUCGAAUGAAAGUAUUGGAAACGAAAUAGUUAAAGAAACAAUUAAUGAUUUUUUUUUGAAAAUACUCAAAGAUGAUCCUGAACCCUUUCCGGGCCUCAAGAAGUUGCUUUUAUCUUUGGCUUCAACUCACCGACCUCAAUUUUAUAAACCGAUGCUUGCAUGUGUAGCGUCAGAUUCCGAGACUAAAGUUACCGAAUAUCUUCAUCUUCUCGCCAUUUUACUGCGUCAUUUGAAUGGAGUUGAAUUAUUUAUGCAAGAUGUAGAAUUGAUGACAGUAAUCAUUUUGAGUGACGUUGGUGAAAGUAAACUUACUUCUCGUUUGAAAAAGGAUAUACAAAAAAAAUCAUCUAAUGACAAUUGGGGCUCAACAAAUUUGGGACAAUGUAUUCUCAUUAUGGAAUUCGUAUGGAUUGUACGACAACUAAGGCUACAAAGACUUCAUCGAACAAGGGAUCUCAAACUUGAUGAAUCUGCAAAAAAAUUCUUGAUUGAUCUAGAGCAUCGCCUGGCAAUCUAUAUCGCUGCAAGGGAGAAAAGUAAGUUGAUUCCUAUGCCAUUACGUGUUUUACUUAGUGACUUAUUUCUUGAAAUUCGCCUUUAUUGUAAGACUACUAAACGUCCUGGUUGGCUGUCACGUAUGAUAGAUUGGUUAAUCAGUUCUACUCCUGGAAGUGUAAUAUAUCGUGAUUCGGUUCUCAGUGGGUUCGAAGGAGCAAAUAAGCAAAAGAAUGAUCCAUUUGCCGAGCUUCGGAUAAACGAGGAUCAACUAGAUGAAGUAGAGAUGAUAUUUCACAGGAUUCGAGUGGUUUACGCAACAUUAGAUGAUAGGACAUCAGUAGAUGGAGAUAAAGAUGAAAUGCUGGAUGUCCCUGUUCCUAUAAUUCCCAAAACGAUCCCUGUAUCACCAACAUCUCCUAAUACGCCUGGAACUCCUCUAAUUCCUUAUCACGAAAUGAAGCGUCGUUCAACUGUCACAGCUCCAGUAUUUCCCUGGACCACUCACCCAUGGAUUUCUUCUAGAACCUCCAAACAAAGAUUACAUCGAUUUAUUGAUUUUACUGAAGAUAUAGCAGAAGCGAUUUUAUCACUACUUGUCGCAACUUUUACGACCUUGACGGCCGAUGAAUAUGUAAAAUUGGGACCUCAUAUUUGGGAUCGAUUCUUAAAUGAUAGAGAGCAUAAAGCUUUUAAUUCAGCUUCAUUUUUAUUCAUUCAAUGUGGUGAGAAUGCACCUACUGUUGUGAAAGAUAUCGUCUCAAAAGAUCUUUAUAGGUAA